GAAAUGCAUCACUUCAAUAGUAUCAUGCAGCUGCACCAGACAGAUUCAGCAAGACGCUAUAAAGAGGGCCGGAGUUCCUGGAGCAUUGAAAGACAGGUAACAAAUACAAGAUUUCAACGACUUUGCUGGAGCUACCAAACAUCACCUACAAUAUCACAGCACAUCAGCUGUUUUAUAUAAACACCGAUCUCUCAUUAACCGCAUUAAUCUCUUGGAGUAUAAAUUCAUUUACGGGCUGUCUCAAGGAUGACUUCUUUCGAUGAUCAAGGCUUCCCCGUUGUUCACCUUUCCAGUGAUGGCUGGUCAACUGAGGACGAAGCAACUGCCACCUGUUUCUGCGGAGCUGUGCAGCUCGUACUUCCACUGAAAAAGCCCGGUUUGCUCAAUCGUCAUGUCUGCCAUUGCACUGACUGUCGCAAGAUCGGGUCAGCCUUCUACCAAUCCAACAUCACUGUCGACGACACAUAUCUCAAGCACCUCCGUGGGGAAGACAAUCUCUCAACCUUUAGUGAGGAGAAGACCAUUCGCGCCAAUGCAACCAUGAGCAACUACUUCUGCAAGACUUGCGGUACACUCAUGUAUCGUCGUGGCGCACGUUUUCCAGGCUUGACGAUUCUGAGGACUGGUACUGUUGAUGAUCUUAGCCUUGCAGAUACGAAAUUGAGGCCGCAGGUCGAACAAUUCAUCGAGAGACGAGCUGCUUGGUCUAAACCCAUAGACGGUGCGGCACAGGUUGUUGGGAUGCACCAGCCUUCGGAUAUCGAGGGUAUCCCUUAGUCUACUCACUAGAAUCAAAUGAUAUGAAGAUAGCUAGAUUAAAUCGCAAUUCAGUUCCUCCUGUGAA